AUGCGUCUUUUUGGAAUCCUUGCUGCUGCCUCGCAGGCCACUGCGGAAAUCAUUGUCCCAGACAUUAUUCGAGAUGCUCUUGCCAAGUCGGACUGUGCUUCCAACACUCUUGAAAAAUGCGCCAUGCGGGUGAAGCAGGACAUGGAGGCCGCAAUCACUUACGAGAACUGGAACUGCAUCGUUGCGGCUGAGAACGCUGGUCAAUACUCCUCCCUCAAGAACGAUGGAUUUGGCUACUACGAUGCUAGCAAACGGCUUUACGCUCAGAUAACGGGAUCAAAAUAUUCUCUUUUUUCAUCCUCGCAGCUGACUGCUGAAUGCCAAAAAGCCAACAACGCUUGCAGCACUACUGAAUGCAUCGCUGAUUGGUUCAACGUCAACUACUACCAGAACCCAUUUUGCCCGGACGGAUUGAAGCUCUACGAGGCUCUCUUUCUCAAGAACACGUCUCGCUGGUCCUCGGCCUGGUACAACGGAGCUGCUGCUUGGGAUGAGUUCCAAUGCAUCGCUUACUGCAAGUAA